CCCGUCACUUAUAGCUGUGUUGUGUUCCUCUGGGUCAGCUGGGAGAGACGGGGGCCAUGGGCGGCGAGUUUCCAUGAAAUUUACUGGGAAAUGUCGUCCUUAUGGAGGAAGUUCCGGAGUGGGAGCACCAGCAGCCAGAACUCGGACCCUACCCCGGGAGGGAACUGGCAGCGCACCCAUCCAGCCCCUCCUCAGGGUGCCCGGCCAGUCUCCUGCAGCCCUGAGCUCCUUGCCCACUCACCCACCCUCACCCACCUCAUAACAAAGGCAGAUGAAGAGUUGUUCCUUGCAGGUGAUGAGGCCAAGAGGAAUGACCCUUUACAAGUCAAGGCCCAGUUUGUGAAGACAGUCCUGGACAUCCUUCACAGCCCCUCAACACUGCCCUACUUUGUACAGUUCCUGCAGGGCUGGGGAGCCGACAAGUAUGCACGCUUCUGGCUGGAGGCAAACAGCUUCCGUACGGCAGCUGCUACUCGUGUCAUCCCUCAGUCCCCCACCAGACCCACGACACUGCCUAAUGAACCCCCUGGAGGUGUUUCAGAGAGGCUCAGUGGAAAGGAGGUGUGUUCAAGGGAGGGGAGGAACCAGGCGAGGGAGGCACAGAGGGACUUGGUGCUCCCAGACCUGGUGAGUAACAUCCAAAAUGCCAGUGAUGUGACGCCUCUUGGCAGCCCUGAGGGGGUCACACCAGAUGCCUUGACCUGCCACACGCCACGGCAGGACUUGGGAGGAGGGCCAAAGAAAGUGGGAGUCAGUCCUGGUGGGGGUGAUGGUGGAGGUGGUAAAGACAGCAGUGGUGGUCACGGUGAUAUCAGGAACACACUCAGUGCCCAGAUAGAGGAACAAAAACAGACCCAACAGACCCCAGCAGAAGAAACCACAGACCCAGAGGAAAGAUUGGGUGCCCAGAAACCACAGAGGAGCAUUGCAGAUGACGCAUUAACUAUCUACAAUAAGUACCUGGCAAAGGACGCAGACUGCCUGGUGGCUGUGGAUGAGGGCAUUGCAGGGGACGUUGGCUGCAGGAUUUCAGCCGCCAAGCAGGAUGUUGACCCUGACUGCUUCCUGCUGGCUCAGGAGGCUGUGGUCGCCAUCCUGGAGAGGGAGCACCUGCCCAAGUUUUUGUCCAGUGACUAUUACUUGAAACACCAGAUUGACGUGCUCACCAGUGGCUCUGUGAGGCUGGCGGACAUCAUCUACAGUGACUCAGCCUUCCCCUAUUUCAUGGAGUAUGUGGAGCAGGAGGGCGGCCAGAGCAUGCUGCAGUUCUGGGUGGCUGUGUCCAACUUCCGACAGCAACUCCUGGAGGCUGACCCACGGACCCAUGACCCAGCACAGGCCCAGGCUGAUGCCAUGAUACUCUAUGAUAAGUACUUCUCUCUCCAGGCCACAUGUCCACAGGGAUUCAGCGACAAGGUGCGCUUCCUUAUCGAGGGGAAUAUCUGCCAGGAGAGCGGCCCACCACCCACCUGCUUUGACCUGCCCCUCAGAGUGGUGCUGCACAUCCUUGAGAGGGACUUUCUGCCUGGGUACCUGUCCUCCAGCCUUCACAUCAGUUACCUCAGUGAGCUCAUCAACACCGUCAAGAGCAGUGUGGAACUCUUCGGCCGGAAGAAGCGCACAGGGUCUGAGAGCACCUGCAGCAGCGAGCAGAGCAGCAGCAGCAUCAGCAUCAGCACACAGAACACCCUGCUGGCCAUGGACUCCUCGGCGGCCCCAACCUGCAGAGUCAAGAGCUUGGCCGAUCCGUCUUCCAUGAGGAUUGACGCAUCGCAGCUUAAUGAUCCGGACUCCCUGUGGAGGCGCAAGAACUUCAGUAAGUUGAGCUGUGGGUUCGUCAACGAGCUGGGACGGUUCGAGGCAGAGAUCGAGGCUCACCCAUACCAGCGGCAGCCUUCCUCGGGGCUCCAGAAGAUCAGGCGAUUGAUGGGGCGCGAGGAAGACAAGGUGAAGGAGGACAUGGCGUACCAGGUGGCCGAAAUGAUUAUUAAGGAUGUGACGCAGGUGACUCUGGGCCCCAAGGGAAGAGCAAUGCCCUCGCCUCCCCCGCCCCCCUCAUGAUGCCCCGCCUCUGCCCCACCCCCGGCAACCCUGUGCGGGGAGGAGGGCCAGUGUGUUCAUAGUCCUCGGUGGAUGGUGAGAUGUCUGACCGAGGCAAAGCCGUGCACUGUAGCGUUUAAUAUUUAUACUGAAGGUUUUUUAUAUAUCCUGACUGUGAAUCCUCAGCCUGCAGCGUUGAUAGUGUUGUUGUACUGUUCGUUGUUUUGGUCGUCUAGGUUUUGUCUUUUGUAAUUUUGUGUUGUUAUUACUGUUUGUUGUGCGGUCGUUCGGGAUGCUCGGACGGCAAUACGCUUAGGCUAAGGAGCAGCAGCAGCCAGGAAUCUGUAGUUAUAGUGUGAGCGGUCAAGAAGUGUCUUAAAUUCAUCCCCUGAAGUGAGAUCUGGCUCUAAAACAUUUCUUUGAGAACUCCACAAUAACACCCAAACAUUAUUUUCCUUACAAUUUUCACAUCCCACACCUAAUCGUGACCAAGGAAUCCCUAGAGAAAUAUAAUUUAGCUUUAGUUACACAUCCCUUGGACUGAACUGGUGAUGAAAAGUGUGGUGAAGGAAACAAAGGCAUUAUUGGGUCAUUUCUGGUACUCAGGGAAGAGUACAAGACUGACUAGUUCUCCCUCCCACAUACCUGGCUGCUAAGGUGUUGGUCAGAGGCAUAAUGGGGAGGGAGUUGUGGUGGCCUGGUCCUUGUAUCUAAUGCAAUGACUGCUCCAUGUGUUCUUGGAAUGUAAGGAGUUAAGGUGUUGUACCUGGCAGAGGAUUAUUUACUACAAUAUACCCUGGAAUGUAUAUUAAGAGGGUCCCCUUGAAAAUUAUCUCCCAGGUGGUUAUUAUUUGAAAACGUAAUACUUACAAAACUUUCCCACACUUAAAUAUUUCUGGUUGUGUAUCUACCAGACUAAAGAACUCAUUCCUCUCAUAUCUUUACUUUUUUGUAGUUUUCUCUGUCAUUUUGGUUGUGUCAGGUGUAUGAGAACUUUUUAGUAGUUGUGAUGUGGAGUACCUUAGGAGUGGGGUGGUCUAAGGGGGCACUGUGGUCUAGUGGGUUGGAACGUCAAGCCAUGGAAGUGAAGUCAGGGCGAAUCAGUUUGAGCGUCAGUGUGCCGUGUGACGUUGGGAAUGGCAUCCAGUCUUGGGCCCCAAAUCACAACCCCCAAAACAGCGACCCUAAAUGAAAAUGGGUAAAAAGCUGUUGGGACAAAGAAGAUGCAGAAUUCUUUACUGAGGGCAUCUGCAGCCUCCAAACAGCAACCCUAAAUAAAAAUGGGUAAAAAGCUGUCAGACAAAGAAGAUGCAGAAUAUUUAUUACUGAGGGCAUCUGCCACCUAGGAAAUACUUUUGAGAUGAAGAGACAGAAGUUAGAAAACAUUCAUUGAGGAAUAUAUUUGCUGCAGUUUGUCUCAUUCAAAUUGAAAGUUCAGAAGAUGCAAGAAAGUGGCACUGCUGGGAUUCUGUUUAAAUAUUGUGUUGCAGGAGGAGCCUCUGUUGUCCCUUGAUGACAAAGAAAGCAAAAGUGGUCAGUUAAGGGCCCAUAUUCUCAGACAUUUUCAACUCACAACAAAUAUUUAUAAAGGCCACAAAUGAGAUUACUCUGUUUUUUCGUGAGUUUUCACAUUCACGGCGCAGAAGCCUUGUCACACCAUUACUAGGCUCUAUGAAAGUCUUAAAUAAUGUGGGGUGUGUAAGGCCAGAAGUGUUUGAGAAUAUGGGCCCAUAGUAUCACAUUUGUAAGGACUCUAUGCACACUCGUUGACACCACCACGUCACUUACACAAUUCAACAUAUGAAUCUCGUUUUUAGAAUCUGUUUUAUCGAUGCUGCUCUUGUGAUAAUCAUUUUAAACCUAAGAGAUAUACAGAUAGAUAGUUAUAUAUAUAUAUAUGAAUGAAUAUAUAUUAUGUAUAGUACUUUGUUUUCAUCCAUACAAAGUUAUGCAGGUACAUAAUCUCAUAGCCAAAGCUUCUCUCAUAGCCUGAUGUGAGAGGCUUUCCUACUACACUCAAGCCUUGUUAAUCUUCCUUCUUUUUAUAUGUAUCAGUGACCUAACUUUUCCUGCAAGUCAUAACUCGGAAAACUAUAAGUUCUCCUGGCACGAAGAGAUACACAGAAAUGAACCUUCUUCCUUGAGUCAAACGCCAAAUUUUUUAAGCAUCGUAUUGGUGUUUAUAUAGUUGUGUGGCCAGUUUGGCUUUUUAAUUCCAUUUUUGGGACAGAGUUUGCUAAAAUUGUUGCAUUUUCACUAUUGACAUAUUUCAAACUCAUUCGUAAAAAGCAAUAUGAAGAAAUCAGUAAAAUCAACUAACAACGCCUUGAAGAACGAGUCUAAAAAGACAAAUCAGCCACUGUUGAUGAAGACUAAUAUGAUGUUUGAAAAAUCAGGCGUUAUUCCACAGCAUAGGAAGGUGGUAUUUACUUUAAUAAAUCAUCUGACCACAGUUUUCACGGUUCUGGUUGUUGCUGGAUUGAGGAGUCUGGCAUUAUUAUAACCACUGGUAUCUUUUUGCUAUCUUCCAUGUGUUAUUUUAAAGAUUACUCAUUUACCUCCUCAUCUUCACUCAUUAUCUUUUCCUAUGCAUCCUCUGUUCUCUUCAUCCCUCAUCCAUCUCUGCAUAUUUAUCCCUUUGUUUUUAUUCACUAUCGUCACGCACUGUCUAUCUGCCUUAUCUUCUUAUCAUCCUCAAAAUUCCUCAUCCCAUUGUUAUCAUUCACUAUUACAAUCCUCAUAUGGGCUCAUCAUCAUCUUUAUCCCUUCUCCAUUCACUAUCAUUUAUCAUCUAUCCUUUUCCCAUUCACUAUAUGUAAUUGCACAUCUCCCCCUGUCACCCUCUUCAUCAUCUAAUAUUGUGUUCAUCCCUUCGUCUCUUAUAAUGACUUGUACUAUACUUAUUGGUCCCUAUUAUCACUAUUAUAUACUCAUCACCCAUCUCACCAUCAACACUCAAUAUACUCACCCUAACAUCUAUACUCAUUUUCCCUGCUCAUAAUGUAUAUUCACUCAUAACCUGUAAUUACUUUCUCUUUUAAUUGUUUAUUUACUCAUUUUCCUUCAUUAUCACAAGCUCCUCCAAAUGUUUCAUGAAUCUUCAUAUUUUACAAUCAUCACUUCACUUCUUAUUCAGUACACUCCCUUUCUAACUCAUUAUACUCAUUCUCUCUCUCUUCACUCAACAUCUCUAGACCCUCAUAAUGUAUCAAAAAUCUUCAUAUUUCACCUUUGUCACUUUUUCCUUCAUCAUAUUCACUUCUUAUUCACUAUGCCCCUAUCUCCCUCCAAGCAUUUUCGUUCAAUUUUUCAUUCUUUUUUUUUUUAUAUUCUUCCUCUUGUUCUUUUCGCUCGUAUCAUAUUCACUUCCUCAUUAUCACAUUCCUCUCUCCCUCUAAGCAUCGUCAUUCAUUAUCCCUGGACCUUAUCUAUUUUUCAUGCAUAUUUUUAUAUCAUCUCUUGUCACUUUCCUUAUCACUGUGUUUCCUUUUACUACAUGAAACUAAAUGCAUGUCUUAUCUAUAAUUUUUUCAUGCAUCAUCUUUUUUAUACCGCCUCUUGUCACUUUCCUUAUCAUUACUAUCAUCAAGGUAUAUGUGUCUUCAUCUGCCGCCGCCACCACCACCACUCCUCAACCUUUCUUUUUAUAUAUUUAUCCCGUAUUUAUCAUCAUGUUCUCAAUUCACUAUUAUUAAACUAUACCACGUAUGUCUUACUUUCAUCUCCCACCACCACCAUCCUUCAUAAUCUUUCUUUUCAUGCAUCUUUUAUA